CCCAACUCAUUAUUUGUUGAGAGUUAGCAGACAAGUACGUUUUCUACUCUAAAGUCUAAAAGUGCUCAAGGUGAUCUAAUCUAGUUAGUCUACAAAAUGAAUCUCAUCUUGGUUGCCUUUCUCUGCUUCUCGACUGCCUCAGUUAUUAUUGUUUCAAGCACUCAACCCGUUCCGUUUUGUAACCCAAAAGCUCCACCUCCGUGCAUCGACAAAAAGUUUGGCUUCUGCAUAAACGACUAUGACUAUCCGAUGGACGACAUUCAGACGACCAUUGAGGAAUCUGAAUCAGUUAAGAAGUUUAUCAACAAAACAAUUACGAACAGAAGGCGAGCAAUCAAGAAAAAAGAAACUGGCUGUCAAACUACAAAUCUUCUCGUCAAACCACUGCGAUUGCGCAACAUUGACAGAGAUUGGCUAGUUAUCGUUCAAGAUACCAACGAUAUAUUUCAGCGGGAAGAAAUUGCUAUCUGUUCUCAUCCAAAUGUUCCCUGUCGGACACCGAGUCGGACAGGGAACAUAUCAUCCCGUUCCACGUAUUGCCAUCAAAAGUUUUCUACCCGAAAACUGCUAGCCUUCGACCCGUGCAAUCCGGAUCGUGGUGUCUAUGUCGAGUCUUUCAAAUUACAAUCGGCAUGCGAUUGUCGCCUUUAAUUCAUUUGUAAAGUUUUCUGGUAUUUUGCCGGGAUUACAGUUAUUCAUUUUCCUUUUAAAUAUGUGAGCAUAUGUAGAAUCCCAAGUAUCGGUAAAAUUAAAAAAAUACAAAAGCCUAACCAUGA